AUGCCCAUCCAUGAAACGGAGGACCCGGCGCAUCUGUCUGCGCUAGUGGGCGUUGACCAUGCAGACUUUCUAGUCUUCUAUUCAUCUCGUGAUGAGGUAGGAACGCUCUGGUGUCCGGACUGCCGUGAGGUUGAUGGCCUCAUCCGCAAGGUCUUCGGGCCGAGCGACAGCCCCUCAGCUCUCAUCGUUUACGUUGGUCAACGAGCGGCUUGGAAGGAUCCGACGAACCCGUUCAGAGGAGAACCGUGGAAGGUCCAAUCCGUUCCGACGAUAAUCAGAGCACGAGAUGGCGCUCGGCUCGAUGAGGAAAUCGACACGCAGCUGGCCUCGUUCACUGAAGCAUGA